AUGCCUGCCGAAGUCUCCGAUAUCAAGCAGUUCAUUGAGAUCUGCCGCCGGAAGGAUGCCUCCUCCGCCCGCAUCAAGAAGAACGGCAAGAACCAGCAGACCAAGUUCAAGGUCCGCUGCCACCGCAACCUUUACACCCUUGUCCUGAAGGACUCCGACAAGGCCGACAAGCUCAAGCAGAGCCUGCCCCCUGCCCUUAAGGUCGUCGAUGUCACCAAGGGAACCAAGAAGACCAACUAA